UAUGAUCGUUAUUACAUUCGGUCAUGACUGAUCUCUCAAAAAUGUCCUCAUCAGUAAUAUUAUUCAUUUCUAUAAUAACAUAAGCUCGUUAACCAAUCUCCUCUACGUAAGGGAUGGUUGUUGGUUGAGGAAUUAAGUAGUGAAAGGGUUGUUCACUUUUGAGGCCACCGACGCCAGCAUAUUCUUUGUGAUCUAUCUGCAAAAUGGCGAAUCGUUUUCGACAGUUUCGCCUUCUCCUGUGGAAAAACUUCAUUCUACAGAUUCGAAGACCUAUUGGAACUGUAUUCGAAAUCAUACUGCCAAUUCUUCUUGUUUCCAUUCUGAUAUUACCAAAGACGUAUAUAAAACCAGAAGAAAUGUGUUUCUCUGCACCAAAACCCGAGUUUUCAAGCCAAAACCUGAAAGGAUCCAAAGACUUACGCUUGGCAUACUACCCAUUAGGAGACCCAGUGCCUUUGUUAAUGGCGAGGAUUUCCAGUAUGACAGGAUUUACAAUUGUCAACUCCAGUAUUGGAGGGCAACCGUUUUCGUCUCUUAACCAAAUUGUGGCAGAGGUAGCUGAACAUAGCGACAAAUAUGUUGGAGUUGUGGUGUUUAAUUUGAAAGAAGGGCAACCUCUACCCAAGAAAGUCAAGUAUUCCAUUCGCUUGCCUACGCCUAGUGAACUUAACUGGAGAACAGAAAGAACCUAUUCUAGCGACGGAAAUACAUAUUAUUUAUCCUAUGUUUAUGCUCACAAAUUCGUACCACUUCAAUAUGCCACUGACAUGACCAUCAUCCAGGCACAAUCGAAUACCCCAAGGCCUAUUCCCAUAACAGCACAGGAAUUCCCUAUUCCCGGAUAUUUGUCUGAUGUCUUUGUGUCCAUUAUGUCCGUGUUCGCUCCAUUGCUAGUUACAUUGGCGUUUAUCUAUUCCGCUGUUUCGAUAAUCAAGGAAAUCGUUUUUGAGAAACAACAGCGUUUGAAGGAGUCCAUGAAAAUGAUGGGACUGGAAAACUGGGUGCAUUGGUUGGCUUGGUACAUCAAAUGUCUUCUGUUCUGGUCAAUAAGUGUGAUUCUUGCUACUAUUGUCAUCAAGGUUUUUAAUAUAUUUGAGUACUCCGAUGGCUUUGUAUUAUUUCUUUUUCUCCUUCUGUAUGUUGCUUCCUCCAUCUCUUAUUGCUUUUUCAUAAGUGUAUUUUUCACCAACCCAACGCUGAGUAUGCUAAUCGGCUUGGUACUGUGGUACGUGGCUCUACUACCUUAUCAGAUAUUUGCACAAAGUGACAGUUUUGGGGAACAACGAAAAGAGAAAUUUGAUCUGUUAAGCAAAGGCGCCAAAUCUGCCAUGUGUCUCCUUCCAAACAGUGCUUUUGGAAUUGGAAUAACGAUUUUUCUUAGGCUAGAAAGUUUGAGGGUUGGGAUGUCGUUUAAAACCCUAAAUGUGCCAACAUCUCCGGAUGAUGAUUUAACAUUGGCGUGGGUCAUGUUGAUGAUGACGAUAUCAAUUAUCAUAUUUACGACACUUACUUGGUACAUCGAAGGCGUAUAUCCUGGGAAGUACGGAAUCCCAAAGCCAUUUUACUUUCCUUUGCAAAAGUCCUACUGGUGUGGGUAUGCGCAUGACAUCAUGAAGGCAAAUGCUAUGGAUAAGGAGCGUGACCCCGUUGAAAAUAAAGAUCAGGAUCACCACGCUGUGGAAGACGAACCUACUGACCUUCAAAUUGGUGUUGGAAUCAAAAACUUAAGUAAAGUAUUCAAGAGCUCCGCCGGAAACAAAGUAGCAGUAGAUGGAUUAUCACUCAACAUGUACAAAGGCCAAAUAACAGCACUUCUUGGACACAAUGGUGCAGGCAAGACCACCACCAUGUCUAUCCUAACAGGUCUUUUCCCACCAACGUCGGGUUCCGCUCAUAUUGGUAACAAAAGUAUCCUUACAGACAUUGAUGGAAUAAGAGAAAGUCUUGGACUUUGUCCUCAACAUAACGUGUUGUUUGACCGGCUGACUGUCAAAGAACAUUUGGAGUUCUUUAUUAAUUUAAAGGGCAAGUAUGGACAGGCAGCCAAAGAUGAGGUCCUUGCCAUGAUCACUGACAUGCAGCUCCUUGAUAAGAUGAAUGAAAAGUCUGCUACGCUAUCAGGUGGAAUGAAACGAAAACUAAGUUGCGCCAUUGCUCUGGUAGGAGGGUCUGAAACGGUAAUCCUGGAUGAGCCCACGUCAGGAAUGGACCCUUAUGCUAGAAGAGCCACCUGGGACCUUCUUUUAAAGUACAAACCUGGAAAGACUAUAAUCUUGACGACUCAUUUUAUGGACGAAGCCGAUUUCUUGGGAGAUCGAAUUGCAAUCAUGGCUGAUGGACAGUUAAGAUGUUGUGGAUCUUCCCUUUUCCUUAAGAGCAGGUAUGGUGUUGGUUAUCAUCUGACUUUGGUCAAAGACAGGGAGUUCAACGAAAACAUGACCAUCAACGCAGUCAAGCGCUUUGUUCCCUCGGCUGAGAUCCUAAGUAAUGUUGGUGCUGAGCUGGAAAUGGUUCUCAACAAAGAAGCAGCAAAGUCUUUCGAAAGUCUCUUCCUUGAUUUAGAAACCAAGAAGCAAGAGUAUGGAAUAGCUAGUUUUGGGGUAUCUGUCACCACGAUGGAGGAAGUUUUCAUGAAAGUAGGAGAAGGAGCUGAAAAGACAGUUGACGAUAUCAUUAGCGACCACGAGCAUCACAGGCAUACUGAGAACAUCGUUAACAUUCCAAACGACCAAGCCCCUGAAAUUGGUGAACUUCAAACAGGCUUCGCACACAAAUGGCAACAGUACAAGGCGAUGCUUACCAAGAGAUUCCUGAACUCCAAAAGAGACAAGAAAGCUGUUCUAACUCAACUGAUAUUUCCCUGUGUCCUGUUAGUCAUUGGGAUGCUUACUGUUACCAAUUUAGAUUCAAGCAGGGGAAACGAUCCCCCUCGCCUUCUCAAACUCUCGAACCUCAGCGUUGGUGGUGUCAAUUCUAAGGCUUUCUUUGGGUACUUCCGUGACGUUAACGCCUCAGCAAAAGCCUCAUAUCUUUCGAUAGCGCAAGACUACCUAUCAACUGUGAAAGUAGACACUAUUGAUGUCACAGACAACGUUAAUACCAUCCAGAGCAAAAAUACCUUGAACGGUAUUCAAGUCAAAGGAAAAAGCUAUAACUAUAGUUCUCCUGUGAAGGGCAAACUGAGCCCUUGUUGUAAUUACGAGUUCCUGAUACUGAAUGCCAAAUGUCAGAAAGAUUUUAUUGAGAAGAGCAUUACUGCUGAAGAGUGCCGCAGCAAUGAAAAGUUUGGUUAUAUAAAAGCAUGUGGUGAUUGUCUUAGUAAAAACAGGGAUUAUUCAUGUACAACAAAAACAAUAAUAGAAACUGACUUGACCCGCAAAAGGACCUUUUUCAUCGAAUACGUGUUGGAAAAAAGCAAUCCGAAUGAUUUCUUUCGCAAACAUGUAGCUGGUUUUACCAUUGGUCCCAUGACAUAUAUCGUGAAUGGACCAAAUGUUUUCGUUGAGACCAAAGGCAGUAAUACCACAACCAGUAACAGUUCACUGACAACAACAACUACAGCAACACCUACGACAACGCCCUCUUGGAAUCCUACUACAGUGUGGUACAGCAAAGAAGGUCUCCAUACGAUAGCCGAAGCAAUGAAUGCAAUGUCCAACAUCUUCUUAAAAAAGUUGACAAGCAAAGAGUAUGAGAUUGAGACAACAAACUUUCCUCUGCCAAAAGUUGCGAAGAAAGAGUCUGAAAACAGCGACGGAGGCACUAGUGUAUACUUGUUAGUUAUCUUUUUUGCCAUGGGCUUGGCAUGUGUGGCAGCCAGCUUCACAACGUUUAUUGUUCAGGAACGAGUGUCCAAGGCUAAACAUCUUCAGUUUGUCAGUGGAGUGGAUUCAUUCUGCUACUGGUUCGGUACCUACACGUGGGACUAUCUGAACUACUUAAUUCCAGCAACGUUGUUCCUUAUCAUCUUCGCUGCCUUCCAGGUGGAAUCCUUCAAAGACGAGAUGGGUUCAGUUUUUCUUCUCUUGCUUCUGUUUGGAAUCGCAGUGCUACCAUUUGUUUACAUUGUUUCUUUUGUAUUCACAUCUUCACUAAUUGCUUAUGCCGUUAUUGCGGUUCUUCUCUCAAUUAUUGCAAUGGUAUUGAUACUCGCCAGAGUGUCUUGUACCUUCCCAUCUUCGGAGUGUUAUGGGGCAAGACACGUCAUGCACGGCUUUUUUAUGCUCGUGCCAACAUAUACAUUUGCCGUGUCGAUAUUCGAUAUGAAUGAAAACUAUCAAAAUAAGAAAAUCUGCUCUAACCCUGGGAGUCGUGAAUCAUACUUAUGGAAAGCAGAUUGUACUUACACAGAUCAUGCGUUGUCUUGGGACAAACCAGGUGUUGGUCAAGAAGCACUCUUUAUGUUUUUAGAAGGAGUUGUGCUGUUAAUUAUUACUCUGCUCAUUCAGGCCAAUUUUUUUAUCAGUUGUAAACCCAAAGAAUCACCAAACUCGGGACACUCUCAGAUACAGCCUUCAGAGGACGAGGAUGUUUAUGCUGAAAGAAUGCGAAUUGCUCAGUUGAAUAAAGAACAGAUUGACGAAGAAGCUGUAGUGCUAAAGGAUAUCACCAAGGUUUACAGGGGUUCGAACAGGACAGCUGUUGAUCAUCUUAAUCUUGGAAUACCCAGAGGAGAGUGCUUUGGUCUUCUUGGAGUCAACGGUGCUGGUAAAACAAGCACAUUUAGCAUGCUCACUGGUGAUCAAAGUAUCUCUGAUGGAACAGCUUUUCUUGAUGGUUAUAACAUUCAGACCCAUCUCAAACAAGUUCAGCAACGUAUAGGAUAUUGUCCGCAGUUUGAUGCGUUGAUCGAGAGGAUGACAGGACGAGAAAUGCUGGUGAUGUACUCGCAACUACGAGGUGUUGCUCCUGACAAAAUCAAUGAUGUCGUCUCUUCUUUGAUUGAGCAUUUAAACCUUGGCAAAUGGGCCGACAAGUUGUGCGGAAAUUUCAGUGGUGGCAAUAAACGCAAACUCAGCACCGCCAUAGCGUUAGUUGGCAAUCCCCCCAUUGUAUUCCUGGAUGAGCCUACGAGUGGUAUGGAUCCUGUUGCUCGUCGUUUCCUGUGGGAUUCUUUGACCAGCGUUAUGAAGGGCGGCCGCUCAAUUGUACUCACGUCACACAGCAUGGAGGAAUGUGAAGCUCUUUGUACUCGUCUGGCCAUCAUGGUCAAUGGUCAGUUCAAGUGUAUUGGAAGCCCUCAACAUCUUAAGAACAGAUUCAGUUCUGGUUACUCUCUGAUGGUUAAAAUCAAAGGACAGUCAAACUGUCAAAGGACAGUCGAGACAAUAGCAGCAGAGCAUGAAGGUGUUCAACAGGCUACUGCAACAACAUUUAUCAAUCCUAUGGCAGCUGGGAAUCUUCCUGAUGAUGAACACGGACCAAGCAAUGCAGGUGCUUAUCAAAGUCUCCAAGCUAAUGCUGAUGUCAAAUUUCGAUCAUCACCAGUGACGCCUUUCCAGCCCGUGGUGCAAGGCCCUGAUAAUGGGAACCUCGCAGAAGAUAUUCAACGAGUCAAAGCCUUUAUCGAUGAAUCAUUCCCGGGAGCUGUCCUAACAGAUUCUCAUGCUGGCAUGUUGACGUACCAAAUCAUUAACGAAGACCUGACAUGGUCACAAAUAUUUGGUCAACUUGAAAGAAAUCGAGAAAGUCUCAACAUUAUUGACUACAGUGUUAGCCAAACCACUCUUGAGCAGGUGUUUAUCAACUUUGCCAAAAACCAGUACUUGGACGAAAAGACUAAAAAAAAGAAGUGUGGUUGUUUUCCUUGUUAAAGGAGGAAAAAGAUCUUCAGUCGAAAAUUGCAUUAUACAACUUUAAUUGCACGGUGUAAAGAGGCCUCUACACUUGUUUAGUUAUAGAUUAUUUUCUGGAAAUAAAGUUAGUUAGGUGUUCAUUCAAAAA